AUGGACGGUGCGAACGGCGAUUCUGAUCACUCUAUGACUUGGGAGGACUUUUUCGGUAGCACAACAGACCUCACACCCACGCUUAUUGGUAUCUACGACUCUUUAUUGGAACCUGGGAAGAGUUUAAGACCAGAAGCUAGUCGACUGGAAACCGCAAAAGAUGCUAGAAAUGAUCCUCCAGUAGACACAGUGUACGAAGAAAUAGAAAUUAAGGAGGAGACGAAGACUGGAGACGAUACAAUGAUCACAGGAGGGGUCAAACUCCCCGUAGCCACGUAUAACAAAAGCUCCUUAUAUUCAAUACGAACUAAAAGUGAUAACAACGGUGCUAGUGACGAUGUGGACAAGUGUAAAGUGUUAAACGAAUCUUCAUUAAGUAAAAUACAAAAAACAUUUAAAGAAAUGAAACAAGAGACCACGUUCGAUAAUCUCUCGCCAAACGUGAAACGCAUGAUAUCAGGUGCAACGGAAACUACAACGUUAAAAUUCCAAAAGAAAACAGUGAAUGUUGGCAGGUCUUCCAUGAGACACAAGUCUAACAUUCCAUUAGUUGGAGCGACAUCUAAAAUCUCUCAAUCCGGUGUCGAAAUACUUCCUUCAGUAGACAUUUAUGACCAGCCGUGCGCCAUUAAAAACUUUACUAAAUCAAAAAGUGAGGAAAUCGAAUCUCCCGUCAUAACAACGCCAUUAAAACCCGAAUUCAAAAUUGAUGAUGCUCAAACUUACGACGUCCCCACAAAUAAUAGGCCAGCUAUAUACGACGUUCCUGUGGUGAACAAUAAAACUGCUUUCGAAUCGUUAUCUCUGCCUUAUAUCGAUCAAUCGAUCGAGCUCUCUAUAACAUCUAACGAUAGAGAAUUCGAUAUCAAACUAUCAUCAAAGGACAACUCUCCGAUGAAGCCAAUGCCAAGAAGUCCUGUACAAUCACCAGCGAAGAUACCCAAGCUGAACGAAGGCACUAACAGUUUGCAUCGCAAAGACUUCGUGAAUAAGAACGAGAGUCCGUCGAAACUUUUGUCGAAAACUGUACCUUACCCUGACGCUGUAGGGUCUACCGGGAAUCUGAAGACUUGUGAAAAAGAGGUGGUAAGAUUGAAUCCUCCGGUGGAAGUUUCUCGACCUCUUUCGAUGAGCUCCAUUGCGUCUUCGAGUUCUACGUCAAGUAGUGGAGUGCAGAAUAAAGGAGGAGUGAACUCAGCGUACUUGGCUUCCAUCGAGAGCUUGGAUGACCACAGUGACGCGGACAUGACCUCGGCAAAUGGUAGCAACAACUUCGUGAACAACGCGGGGAUCUUGACUACCAGUGUGUCGGAGGAGAGGAACUCGGAAAGUACACCACGUGUUCAGUUGGUAGACGAGUUGGCAGGUCUGUCGCAACUGGAGCGAGUGUGCGCCGAGAUUGUGCAGACUGAGAACGUGUAUGUCGAGGACCUGAGACAAGUCGUUGAGGGAUAUCUUCACGUGUGGCGGCGGGAGGUGACCUUCUCAGACGAGCAACUGAACGAGCUCUUCAAUAACAUCGAAGACAUUUACAACUUUAAUAGAUCCCUCUGCGCUGAACUGAACACAUGUCGUCUGGACGCGACCUGCAUCGCUCGGUGCUUCGUCAACAACACUGCUGGGUUCUCAGUGUAUACCUCCUACUGCACUGGGUACCCUCGCACUAUGGAGCGACUGGCAGCUUUAGCCUCGGAGCCCCACAGCGCCCGGGAGUUCAGGGAGCGACAAAUAGCUUUGGGACAUUUACUGCCGCUCGCGUCUUACUUGUUAAAACCUGUUCAGAGGAUUUUAAAGUACCAUUUGUUACUGCAGAAUGUUGUAAAGCAAUGCGCAUCUCGGGAGACGGAGUACGCUCUGCUGAAGAUGACUGGUAUCGCACAGCACAUCGACGAUAUGAAGCGACGACACGAACAUGCUGUAAGGGUACAGGAGAUCCAAUCGCUGCUAUACGGAUGGAAUGGGCCCGAUCUGACAACAUACGGAGAGUUGUGUGCCGAAGGGACAUUUAGAGUAUUCGGCGCGAAGGCGAUGCGUCACGCCUUCCUCUUCGACAAGAUGCUGCUGUGCAACAACAUGAUGCUGGUAGAGUCGAUUGCGGGCGCUCCGCUGUCAUUCCACGUAAUCCCGUGGGAUGCGCCGCGCGCGCAGCUCACGUUGCAAGCGCGCUCGCCGCGCCACAAACGGGAGUGGACGUUGCUACUCAAAAGGGUGAUCCUCGAGAAUUACAACGCAGUUAUCCCAUCUCACGCCAGACAGUUGGUCAUGGAACUCGGACAGAAUAAAACUGACGAUGACAUGUUAGCAGAGAAAUCCCACAAUUUAAUCACACAAGCAUCCAUGAGGAAGCAGCUCUCGGCUCCAGAAUAUCUCGAAAAACGGAAACUGGAGAGAGAGCGACGAAAAUCAUUUGAAAACGGCACUCGAGGAAGAUUGAAAAAAGGCAAUAGAAAAUACACUAUACCCAGCUCCCGAGCAGAAAGCCAGGAAUGUGAUUGUAUUCAAUUUUCCGCCGAAAAAGGCACUGACUAUACUUGCGAAAACUGCUACAUUGAUCUUUGUUCCGAUUGUGAAAAUGAACUCACUAAAACCAAAAGAGAAGACAAAUGCAGUUGUAGACACGAGGACAACGAACUCGGUGAUAAAUGUCCUGAAUGUGACAGAUCUCUACAUUACAUAGACUCCGGUAGCGCAGAACACUUAGAAAGAAAACAAGCUGCCUGCAAAUGUUCAGACUUCAAAUCAUCACAAGAGAGUUUUAGCAAAGAAUUCAGCAGUUCUCUAAACAAAACACGAGGGUACCAUUCAUCCGAUAAUAUUAUAGGAUACACAGACAACAAUAAAAGCAAAGAAGAUCUCAGUGAUACUAACAAUUCUUUAACUAACGUCAGACAAAUACCGAAAACUUGUUUAAAGUGUGCGAAAAUUAAAGAGAAUAUUGUCACCGAUUCUACAAGUACAAUUCACUCAAGACGAUCAAGAUGUAAUGAUACUGAAAAGUUCAAAACUGAUACUCUACGAUCCAAGUCUAAAGAUGAUCCUCAAAGAUCAAAACUAUCCAAGAUAGGAACUUGGAGACGGAAAUCUGAACCAGGUCUACAGCAAAACAUGAUCGGUAUUGUUACUAAGAAAUCCCAGGACAGUGACAACGAAAGAGAAAUAAGGGGUAAUGAAAAGAUAGAAUUCGAAUGUAAGAAUUGUGGCUCAAACAGAAUCACAAAGAAAACUAGAGCAAGCGACGGAACUAUCAUCUCUGAUCCAGAAUUAGAUGGAAGAAAACGAGUCGGUCCAGUCAAACCAGCCGUAGAAAUUAGAAUGUACAACACGAAAAACAUACCAAAGAAGAUUUCUAAAAUAAAGAAGAAUCGAGCUAAAGGAUUGCGUUUGGGAUCUGAUACAACAGCAAAGUUCUACGCUGAUUUUUCGACUGACGUGUCUACUGAAAAUAUUUUGCAUAUAUCAGAGUCAAAUGAUAGUUUAAACGUAGAUAAACCUAAAGACACACCAAACCCCGUACCUGAAACCAUAAGCAAAGACGCAGAUAUUGACGAAGAAACGUAUAAGAAGUUGAUAGAAAAGACAGAUUCAUUUAAAAAGAAUGAGUUGGAGAAAGUAAAGUACUUAAAUAAGCAAAAAGUGAUAAAUGAAGGCUCAGAAGCUGAAGAUAAAGUUGAAGUUGAUAAAAAAGAAGUAUUAGAAAGUUGCGAAGAAGUAGAGCAACCUUUAGAACAAAUCAUUUCUCAGCUACUGAUGCAAAAUAGGGAGUUCCAAAAGUUAAUAAAAAAGCAACAAUUAAGGAAUACUGCCCAGAGACGACAUCAGAGACUAAUGAAGUCUCAUUCUAAUCCCGAACAAGUUGUUUUAGCAAAAAACUUAGAAACAAACAAAUUGAAACCUAAAUUCGGACGGCAGACUUCCGAGAACUUGGAUGGAGACAAACAUGAUGAAGAAGAAGAAGAUUGCACAACAACAAGUUCUAGAACGGAACUGACAGAAGAAAUAGAUGACGAUCAUAUUUAUGAAACGCUAAGAGUGGACAACAGAGUUGACGAGAGUUUACACUCCUUGAACAAUAAAAGUAAAGUGAUACAGCAUAACCCUGUACGACCUAAAAGAGUUCUCACACCACCAAAAAACGAUGAGCUCACUGAAAUAUCUCCCCAUAUUGGUCCAGAUUCCGAUUACGUGUACUUAUCGUUUGAUAAAUUGAACAAAAUACAAAACCCAGAAGGAAUAUAUGAUGUUCCUGUAAGAUCUCCAGAAAAAGUCGAUAGGAACUCUGAUUACUAUGUCACUAUGGAGAGCAAAGGACCUAUCAUGGCCGAAAAUGUGUAUGACUCUUUAAUAGAAGUAUGUAGGCGAAAAAAAGAAGUACCUAACGACUUACCAGGGGAUUAUCUUCCAAUGAGUCCUGAUCAGCAAAGCCCCAAUGCCCCUGAAAUAUGGCUGAGUAGACAAAAAGAACAUUUCAAUGUAUCCAGAGACCGAAAAUCUGGUUCAUUACCACGGAGCUUUCAAGUAGUUACAGGUACAACUACUCAAGAAGAGAAUAAUUUAGUGACAUUCAAAUGUAAACCUAAUAGUAAUAGCAAAACAUAUUUAAAUAGAGAUGGCAAGGUUAUGAGUACUGACAGACCAUUCACUAUAGCGUCUGAUCAAAGCGAGAUAAAUUAUGACGAUAUGAGUGAUAGUGACAUGCUGAAAUUUAAUCAAUCCAAAACUAGCGAGACAGAUUUCGUACAAAAUAUAAGUCAAUCAACAUUGGAACUGGAGGAAGAAAUUGAUAGAUGUUAUAAGAGCAAGUUCGAAGACAUAAAUCUGGAUAAGAAUAAAAAUGAAAAUCUUUUAACUGUUUCUCAACCGAAUUUGAACAUAUCCACCACAUCAUCUUGUGAAGUUUUACCUUUAGAGCAAAUUGAGGAUACGAAGUCUAAUGACAUUGAAGUAAUACACCCAGAACAUAAGAUUUACAAACCAAAUUCGAACAUGCUUUCACUCAAAAACGUGCUAAGUCGAUUUAAAAGUAGAACUCCCAAUAAGAACAAUGACGAUUCAGAAAUUAAUGCUAAUGAUCAAAGCAGUCCCGAUAGCACGAAGUCAGACAUUAAAAGCCCAACAAGUGAAAAACGACCCAACUUAAAUCCCAGGAGUUAUUCCAAGAAUUUACUACAAAGAUUUAGAAGUAUAAUAGGCGAUGAACAUACGGAUGAUAAUCAGAAUAAAGCAGAAACUAUCAACAAAGUUCUGCAUACAGAAGAUAUACAAAAUAACUUAGUAAAGAGUGACAUUAAAGUUGUAAUCACAUCUACUGACGCUAGCCCCACCACAUCAACUAUGGUAUAUGCACUAAACAACGAUAUACUCAGUAAAAGCGUUUGUGAGAACAGUACAAUGUCUGAAAGUCAAAAUGAAAAGAAUAAUCUCGAAGCUUUAUCUUUAAGUUGCGAUAAUAUCACUCAGAAACCAGAAAUUCAUCGUCCAAGUUACGAAAAAAGUGUCAGCAUGGUAUCUAGCAUUUCCAGUUCGAUUGGUUCCCCCAUAAAAUCAAAUAAUAGUUCCUAUCAAAGCCUGAACAAGCUGCCUAUAUACAUGCAAGGCAGCAAACAUCUUGGAGCUAGAAUAGCUCAGUCCGACUAUGUAGACCCAACGACUCUAGUUAGCGAUAAAUCUCCACUUAAGAAGGUUAAUGUACUUAUAAAUAAAAACGCUGUGAGACCUGAUAGUUUAUUUUCUAACUCUUCCUUCGUUACCUCGUCUAGUGAGGGUACAUACCAAGAACCGAAUAAAGUAAACCCGAAUCAAAAUACAGAAACUAAAGAACAAAGUCAAACUUCAGUACAAACAUCUGAUGAGAGUUAUUAUGAAAAAUCGUUUGAGAAGAUUGAACAAGUGACUGAUGAAGACGUGUUUAGAGAUUCCGCAGUGUACUCUGAUCAAGAAGAUGUUGAAGAGACAAAAACUGAAGCAGUAGGUAAAAAUAAAGUGAUAAACAAGACUGUUACGAAAGUAGAGAGCAUCAAAAGAAACAAUUCGUUCAAAUCUCAGAAGACAACGAUAACUACAACUGUUAGUAAAAAGUUCAACACACAUUCUCGUGUAGUCGUGUCAACCAACAAAACAGCGAAUAUUGAACGUGUUAAUAGCAAAAUAGAGAAGGUUGUUAAGCCUAAAGUAGCCCCACCGGUCCCUGUAAAACCUAAAAUAACGCAAAUGCCGUCGACAUCGAAUAUACAAAACAAAAAUGUCCCUAAAACUAUUUCUAAGAGUUCUGAACAAUCCUCAUCUUCGGAAUCUAUCAACAUGAAAACUAUUAAAAGAAAUGUUAACUACAAACCAGCUGUAGUUAGAUCAGAAUCGACGCCUCCUAAAGAAAAGUCCAAUUUAAACGAAGAUAAAAUGACCAAAAGUGAUAUCACGUCAAAAGUUGAAGAUAAGGCAACGAAAGAUGAAUUAGAUACCGUUGAUGAUAAACUUAAGCCACAAGGGAGCAUACAAUUGAAAAGAUUGAGUUUCGAAAGAGCCAGUCUUGAUUCAGCGACCAGAAAAAUGAAAUCAAGUACUGACGUAAAGAAAUCACUACUGGAACAACCUAAAACAUCAAAGUCUGUACUCGAAAGACGAAUGGAGAUCGAACAAAUGGCGAAAUCGCAGAUAAAAACGAAUCAAACGAAGAAACCAACGCAGGCAACCAAACCAAAGUCAAUAACGACGAAAGUAGCGAAUUUCGAGAGAAGUGUCAGUGACGUAGGUGUGAAAGAGAAAGCAAUACCCACUCCCAGUACUGAUAAAAACAUUCCUAGUAGAAGUAACGUUGAUAUUAAACCCGAAAUUUUAGAUGACGUAAAAGGCAGUUGGGUAAAACAGGUUGUUAAUAAAUUUCAAUGAGCUUACUUCAUAAGUGAUAUUUUGCAUUUAAACUUCGAAUGAAACCAACCAAUCAGUGUUAAAGUAGACAUUACGCUAGUAUCUGAUUGGUCAGAGAGCUGUCAUUUUGACAUUUCAACCGUAAAAAAAUUUGAAUCUUUGUGAACUGUAGUGUAUUUGCGUUAUUUCAUGAAUUGUAUCUCAUUUUUAUUAUAAAUUAAUUAAUCUUUAUAAUAUUCUUCUAUCGGCUAGUAGCCAUAUAAAAAUUGGCAAUAAUCUAUUGAAUAUUCCGUCUGUAUUUUCUACUCCCAAUUUUUGAAAUCCAUAAACUUAAUUCUAGCGAUAAGUUUAGGAACCCAGAUUUAAUAAUACGAUGUCGAAUUUUGUUUAAAUAUCAUUAAUUAAUGAAUAAUGAAUUAAUCGAUUAAAAAUUCAUAUCGUUUUUUACAAUUUACUCCAAGAACCGACGUCGCGUUAUAUAAAAUCUUAAGAUUUAUAUUUAGUAAGAAUAAUGCUAAUCAUUAUAUUGUAAAUAAUAUCUUGUCAAAUCUCCUUGAGCUUUGAUAUCUCGUGCCAUAGAUAAUGAAUUAUAUUUUGGCAAAGACAUCACUACGCACAGUUUUCACCUGUACAUAAUCUGUGGGAAUGCUUAUUUUGCUAUAAUUAUUGUAUUUAUUCAAAAAGUGCCAUUGCGAUAUUAGAAAAGUAUUUUAAUUGAAGGGAAAAUUAUUAUUUUCGUGCAAUCAAAUAACGGAACUACUUAAAAGUAUUUAUUUUUUGUUUAGUAGACAUUAAGUUUUGUUGUGUAGCUACUAACACCAAAAAGUAGAGAAGAUUGUUUUAGUAUUAUUUUUUUUACUAAUAAAUAAAAUUAUUCGAAAUAUUAUA